AUGCAGAGCUCGUCGGGCUCAAGCAGUAGCUUCGAUGGCGUUGAAUGGAAUCGGAUCGUCAAUCGGGUUUUGAAUGCGUGGGGUGGUUACCAGUUGGCUGUUCAAAUGGACGCUGGUGGACCUGAUACAAAAGAGAAACAUGAGUGGUUUGCAAGUGUCUUGGCCGAGCAUAUUCACGAAAAAAAGGGGCUCAAGAUUGAUAACCUAGAAGAAUGGAUGGAGAACAUUCUUUACACGGAUUUUGAUUUGGUUCUUGAAGACGAUAGCAUUAACCCGACAUCACAUAUCCUACUUGAGCUCCACAGGCAGCAAAUGAGUCACGGGGCCUCGAUGAUGGAGCAAGCACAAGCGGCGAUGAGGAUGCAGAAAUGCAAGAAAACGCAGAAAAUGAAGCUGAAACUUCAGGCCCCGGGUACCAAAAGAAAAGCAACCACGGACGCUCAUGUAUUCUCCACUUUCUCCUCAUUUAAAUCAAGAUUGGCGAUCGAGUUUAUCGCAAGCGGUCAACAAUGCUCAACUUUAUAUGAGGAAACGCGACAAAAACAAGCUGAAUUCAUAAACUACAUCUGCGAAUUGCAACGACUUCAGGGAAUCAUGACCCAGAUUGAAGCUGAACAAAACCCUGAGAAACUUCAAAAAAAGCGCUCGCAAUCGACUUCUGUACUCCACAACGGAAUGCAAAUUGUGCUUGAGUUACAGACAGAACUCAUCAAUAACCGGUUGUUUUCUUGGAAAAAUCAACAGCGAAUGAACAAAAUCGGAUUUCCGCACGAUGAUGCCGAGGGAAAGCUUGAUGAAUUGCAAAAAGAGUUUCAAUGGUUAAUCGAACAGAUUUGGCAGCUCAGAACUCAUGCCAGCUACCAGAUGGAAUUAAUGCAAAGAGGUCCUCAGAACAAUAACGAUCAAAACUCGCCGAUUUUCGCUCAAAAUCUCUCGCUCAUUGUCGAACAGCUGAAUAAUGUGCUUAAAACAUUAACGUUUCAUUCAUUCAUCGUAUCGAAGCAACCCGAAUUGAUCCUCAAGACUAGUACAAAGUUUAAAACAAGACUCCUCAUUGGCGACUCGCUUGGGAUGCGACAAAAUUUGAGGGAUGCGAAACAGCUGGCGAUUGGGCAAAGCGAUGAGAAGAAUAUUCGAUCAAUUGGCGAGAUCACGAAUGCUCUCGAAAAGAUCACCAUGAACGACAAAGGGCAUAUUUGCGCAAAAUUCGAUAACUCGAAAUUGAUGAAAGUGAUGGCUCGUGGGAAACAGCAAGGCCGAAGCUCUAAUGAUCAAAAAAGUAGCACAGCGACCACAAUCACUGAUCAGAAAUACGCUCUACUCUUCCAGAUCAGCUCGUUUCAAUUCGAGAGUCUCGGAAAGAUGGACAUUUGGAUUGCAAUGUCCGAGGACCGAUCUUGUGGAGAGUCGCCUUUUGGAGGCACGAACUGGAACCAAGACGGCGUUGAUUCGGACCAUGCGGUCUCAUGGGCCAAUCUCUAUCCCGUACUUCAGUAUCAAUUCAAAGAGUUCACUGGCGCUAAACGCUUACUUAAUGAAUCCGAUCUGAGAUAUCUCUACGAGAAACUGUUCAACUCGUCGGCAAUCAAUCUCGAAGCGACAAUCAAUUUUGAGCGAUUUGCCAGAGUGAAUUUACAUGGGACCAAUUUCUCUUUUUGGGAUUGGUUUUACUCGAUUAUGUGCCUGGUGAAACAAAAAUUGCUGAAAUAUUGGGAAGACGGGUGGUGCAUUGGAUUCAUUACAAAGCAAGACGCCAACGAUAUUCUCAAGCAAGGACCAGCCUUUUUGCUCAGAUUUUCCGACUCUCAAAUGGGCGCGGUGAGCAUCGGCUUCUCGACGCCGAACAUUCCGAGUCAUCUCGCUCCAUUCACCACAAGAGAUCUAGAUCUACUUUCGAUUUCGCAAAGAAUCGCCACCUGUCCUCAACUCAAAGACACUAUUCAAUGUAUCAUGGGAAAGAUGGCCCAGUCCCAAAAGAAGAGAUCGUUGAGA